CCGUUGCUUCCCAGCUUUCGCGAAUCACCGAUUCGUUCGUUUACCUCCGAUACCUCGAUCUUUCCGCGUCAAUUUCCGACGCGUGUCGAUAAUUUUUUGUUCGCUAUACACGAUUCAACGCAGUCUACGCAAAUAUUUUUUAGCGGAAUUUCGGGAGGCCGAGAGAUCCUCGGGAAUAAAUUGAAAUAAAUUCCUCGGGUCCGUGGAACCUCAAAGAGAAGGGACAUUCUUGGAUAAAAAAUCCGCCGGUAGACAUUUUUACAACGGAAAUAUCUGCUGCCCUUUCUUCUCCUUCGUUUGUCCGAUUUAUUUUCUACGACUGCAUAAAAUAACUCGUAUCGAUGAGUCGAAAAUUAAUACAUCUGCGAUUCUAUGUUUAAGAAUAGCGAAAACAACUUUGGAUAUUUAUAACGCAAUAAUAUAUACAUAUACACAUACUCUAUAUACCGCGGGUCUUCUCGUUAUAACACUUUUUAUACAUUUACACGUAGACGUAACGACACAAGUUUGAAUACCCAAUAUAAAUGUCGGAGUCUUUUCGAGUAUCUCGAUAAAUCUAAGAGACGGAAAAAAAGGAGAAUAUUCGUAUAUGAUUUUUUUUUUAUAAUAUAAAUAUUAUUCUUUUUCCUCCCCAGUUCGCCCCGUGCUCGUUUCGCGAGAGAUCGUACCUUGUCGGUAUAAGUUUCGACAUUUAAUGAGAUAAAAUAAGUGAAAGAUGAAACGGUAAUUAAAUCCGAUGUUUCGUUACGCCGACGGAAAACUGGCGAAUAAUCGUCGGCCGAGGAAAGGAACGAGGAAACGAGGAAUUGCGGGAAGAAAAAAAUCGUUUGGUCGAGGAGAGGAAAGGAGGAGAGAUGGUUUCCCUGCGAUCCACCAUCCGUUUGACAAUGGUGCUCGUCGCUCUGCUCGGAUUGUCGAGCGGACUGCCAACACCGGACAAACAGAGGUUCAUCAAUGAUUUGGACCUGGUGGACGAUGACGGCAGCAUCGAGACUGCUCUCAUCAACUACCUGUUCACCAAGCAGCUGGUCCAGCGUCUCCACAAUCGGAUGGACAUCGGCGAUCUUCAGCGCAAGCGCAGUUACUGGAGACAAUGCGCUUUCAACGCGGUCUCGUGCUUCGGAAAGUAGAUCCCCUUUUCCCACUCUGCCCCCGAAGCGACCCACCUCGAAAAUCCCCGUUCAAAUUCUCUGAAUGUCCAAGUUGCCGAAGUCGAAAAAAAAGAACGAACUCGAGUCAGAGUUUGCUUUUCGAAUUAUCGCUAAACGAUUGCAAAAGUGUAACGAGUUAAGCGAGCAUUAACCCUUUGCCAUCCCAGUGGUCGAGAUGUCGACCGCUCAUGUCGAGUCACUCUCGACAAAGGAGGGCAAAGGGUUAAACGCGUGCUUCGACUAAGUGAAUUUUGAAAAUCGCGAGCUGCGGCGUGCAAUGAAAUCAUCAAACUCCCUUAAUUGUUUUGGCAAGUGCAACUUCGAGUAAAUACUUCUGCGAAAAAUCGUGUAGCCAUAUCAUAGAAUAGAAAUACAUAUCGUAACGUCGUAAUUCUUUUCCUUGUAGAGUAAACUGCGAAAUUUAUUUAAAUUGUACAAAUUCAUGAUUUCCAAUGUUAAGGCUGUACAUCCGAGUUCAACUCUCCUUUAAAAAUAAAUCAGCACAGGAGAUGA